AUGUCCACAUCUCCGAUCCCCAAACUGGCGCUGUUGCUGGUGUGCCUGGCCGCACAGCACUCCCUUUCGGCGGAGACUCCCACCGUGACGAAUCCGUGUGCGUACGCGGAUACCGUGAACAUCACGGACGGACUCCGGCUGAAGGAUGGCUCCUACUCGUACGCCGGAGUCGUCGUUCCGCCGGAACUGAUGGCCGAGUACAGCUUCAAGGUGAUCGACGGCGUCGAGUACCGCGCCCCCAAGCACCUGCGGGGCUGCGUCUGCCUCCUGAAGCCCUGCAUCAGCUUCUGCUGUCCGCGGGGACUGGUGUUCGACGCCAAGGGCUGGAACUGCACGGCCCCGCACCAGGAGCGCCAGAUCACCCACGUGGAGCUGACCUACGACAACCGGACGGUGGAUCAGGUGCGCAUCAGCGAUCGAUUUGUGGUGCGCACGGAGCUGGGGUGCCGCAACAAGUUCGUGGACAAGAAGCACGAGACCUUCUGGCAGUGGGACCUCUUCGAGAACGGAUCUCUGCUGCGCGACUCUCGUCUGUGGAGCACCGACGAGUACUGCUUCAGUCCGCUGCAGCACAAGGCCGAGGAAUGGGAGUUGACGCCAUUGAGCUGCGAGCGCUUCCAGACGGGCUAUCGGGUGUGGAUCUAUGCGAUAUGCAGCAUCAUUGCCAUUUUGAUCAACAUAUUUAUACUGUCGCUGCUGGGUUCCGUGCGCGAUGCCCGGAAGAGUCACUACGGACAGGUGAUCAUCUACUAUCUGCUCGCGAUGAUCGUCGGUUACUCGCUGCUCGUCUACCUGGCCCUCAAGAACCCCGUGAAGCUUUCUCAUUCGGCCUGCAGGAACAUCGGUUUGCUGGCCUACUUCUGCAUCAUGCUGUCCUUUGUCUUUCUGGCGAUUUGUAGCUUCGAUUUCCUGCAAAAGUUCCGCUUGAAGCCCUGCAAGAACUGGCUUCGCAGGCUGUCCUAUUUUCUGGCUGUGGUGCUGGUUGUGGGCCUGCGUUUUGUGCUAUCCUUUGCCCAGGACUCGAGCCUGCCCAAGCACUUUAAGCCGGGUAUUGGCGAGGACUAUUGCUGGUUCGAUGUGCGCCUUUGGGGCAUUCUCGUCUACUAUUAUGCACCCAUUGUCCUGCUGCUGAUCUUCAGUAUCGUCUGCUGCCUCAAGGCCUACUUUUCCAUCUACGAACUGCCACCAGACACUCAAUACAUACUGGGCACACAGCUGCGCAUCGUCAAGACCCAUUUCUAUGCGUUUUGUGCCUAUUUGGUGGGCGUCUUUGCCGUCUGGCUGCGUGAGGUCGUGGUCUACAUCAUGGCUCGUGUGCGAGAGCAUUUCUUCAUCAUUGACUUCUGGAGUGGCAUUUGUAUCCUGGGCCUGGCCAUCGCUGGCUUUAUUCUGCUCCUGGGCAAGAACAUGCAUGUCAAGUCCUGGUGGGCCAUCAAUGUGGAGUCCAGUCAGACCGAUUUGAGUGUCAUAAAUGCACGGGUCUACAAUUUCAACGAAAAGGGUGAUCUCAAGUCCUCAGAUUCUCCCUAUCAGCCAACGGUGACAUCAUUGUAGACGACACUGAGAGACUGAGAGAGAGAUUGAAUGAUUGCUCAUCUGCGUAUGAACUCUGUCUGGUAUUCGCUACGCUUCUGAUUCAUUUAGGUGCCACACCACACACCACACACACACCGUCACAAACAAAUGUGUGAAUAUCUAUCGUAUCGUACGUACAUUUCUAGGAAUUAAGCAAUUACCCUUGCUCUAUUAACUUAAGGCUUUUGUUGAAUAAACUCGA